AUGGCGCCCACCGGGACCCAACCCGACCCCCUCGACCCCCUCGACAGUAACCAAACCAAUCAUGCCCUCACUAGCUCCUGGUUCCUCGGCCCACGGGCGGAAAACGUCGACGUCCUGAAGGAGCUCUUCAGCCAAGCCCUUGACCGCCAAAAGCAAACUCGAGUCGAACUCGCAGAUUACCAUCAGGAUGGGGACGUCUUCAUUACCGAAGAGAUGCAGCAGUUGGAUAUUUACAAAACGAGCAUCGCGAAGCUCCAGGACGACACGAAUGAGCUCUCUACGAAGCUGGCGCAGCAUUCUGUACCGUUUUGGUCGCCGCGGUACAAUGCCCAUAUGAACAUGGAUACCACAAUGGCGAGCAUCAUUGGAUAUAUGACGACCAUGAUAUACAACCCCAACAAUGUUGCCACCGAAGCAAGCCCAUACACCACGGAACUUGAGAAACAAGUUGGCCAGGACCUUUGUCAGAUGUUGGGUUACAAUUCCCCCACUGGAGAUCCCGCUCCCUGGGGUCAUAUCACUUGCGAUGGGUCGGUCGCGAAUCUCGAGGCUAUUUGGUCAACUCGAAGCCUCAUGUUCUACCCCUUCUCCCUGAAGCUUGCCAUGACCGAAGGCCCGCUCAAGUUCCUCAGCACCGUCCAGCCGCCCUUCACAGUCGAGACCUGCAAUGCAGGACCGAAGGCGUUUUUGGAGCUCACGAACGACGAGCUCCUGAACCUCACGCCCGCCACGGUGCUCGCGCUUCCCACUAGACUGGGCGAGGAGUACUCCGUCACCCCGGGCUUCCUGCAGGACGCUCUGAAGCCAUACUUGAUCCAGACGACAGGCAAGGACGCCGUGGAAAAAAAGUUCAACAUUAACCCCGGAAAGUUCAUGAUCAGCGCUACGAAGCAUUACUCUUGGCCCAAAGGCGGAGCAAUUUCUGGUAUCGGCUCCGAAAACUUUGUCGACAUCCGCGUCGAUAACGAGGCCCGGAUGGACAUCAGCGACCUCGAGAGGCAACUCGACAAGUGCAUCGCAGAGAAGACUCCCAUCUUUGGCGUCGUUGCCAUCAUGGGUUCCACCGAGCACGGUGCGUGCGACCCGCUCGUCCGUAUUAUUGAGCUCCGUGAGAAGUACCAGAAAGAAAAGGGCAUCUCGUUCGCAAUCCACUGCGAUGCCGCGUGGGGUGGAUACUUUGCCUCGCUGCUACGGUCGCGCAAGCGCCGUGGCCCGGGACUUGUUCCGUAUGUGCCGACGAUGCCCCUGAAUCCGUACACGAGGGAGCAGCUGGAGCACCUGAAGCAUGCCGAUAGCAUUACGAUUGAUCCACACAAGUCCGGUUACAUCAACUACCCGGCAGGCGGACUCUGCUACCGAGACGGACGCAUGCGAUAUCUCGUCACCUGGACCAGUCCAUAUGUGUUCCAUGCCGGUGACGACACAGGGAGCAUGGGGGUCUACGGCGUUGAGGGCAGCAAGCCUGGCGCGUCCGCGGUUGCUACAUGGCUUAGCCAUAAGUCACUGGGUCUUCAUCAGGAUGGAUACGGCAGGCUGCUUGGCGAGGCCAUUUUCUCGUGCGCAAAGCUUUAUUGCCAUUGGGCCACGAUGACACGGAAGGAUGACCCCCUGAUCGUCGCUCCUCUCAUACGUCUACCCGAGGAGAGGAUAGCGGGCGGGGAUGUCGAAGCCCAGAAACAGUACAUCCGAGACAACAUCGUCGGUCGCGAUAACAAGACGUUGUUCGAGGAUCCGAAGGCAUGGGGACUGCUGUGCGAGCUGGGCGGUGAUCUCAUGAUCAAUGCCUUUGGAGCCAAUUUUAAGAUUGAUGGCGAGGUGAAUCAGGACGUGGGCGAAGCUAACUACCUCAACGAUUGGAUCUUCUCCAAGCUCUCCAUCUCAUCCCAAAAGGACAAGGUCGAAGAGCGACCGAUAGUUCUCACGGCAUCCGAAUUCAGCGAAACGGCCUACGGCGGGUGUCUGGAUACCCUUAAGCUCCGUCUAGGUCUCACGAAAGACGACGGGGGAGGACAAGUCAAGCCCGCCCCCGGUGACUUGCGGUUCCUCUGCAACGUAACAAUGAGUCCCUGGCCCACCACGCCAGGCCUUAUGGAAAAGAUGAUCCAAGGCUUCCGCAGCGUCGCCGAGCGCGGCAUUGAACGCUGCAUCAUCCGCAACAAGCGGACACCGGACAACCACACCUUUGUCAUGCAGGGCGUGGAGCAAGUGCAUUUUGUAUCCAUCGCCAUGUUUCACAUGGCCAACCACCGCAAGCAACUCAUCAUUACGGGGGACCUACCCGAGGAUGUGCAGUCUCGGUACAAGCAAGAGCGCAACGACAACCCAAGCCAGUUUUAUACCAUCCGAAACAUGCAGAGCGAGUACCUCGAAGACAUGCUCACGGGCCUGCUCAACCCCGAAACGGCGUCGAAGUACAAGUUCAGACUGGACAAAGGCGUGCCGGGGAAGGAAGACCCUGCACUGAUGCAGAACUUUGCGAUAAACAAUGUCCGGGUUGUGGUCAAUGAAUCCAUGGCAUUUGCUGACCUGGACGCCGACUAUCCGAACAAGAUGCCGUUCUACCUUUAUGGUAGCAAGAACGAGACGCACCUGGACCAUGUCCUCAAGAAGGCUCCAAACGCUCAGAUCAGUGCGGAGCUGGUCAAGACGAAUUUGACCACGAACCUGACUGACGAACAGCUGAAGAAGGGCUUGGUUGUCGUUCUGGAUGAUGUGUUUGAGAAGAGUUUGCAGCCCCUACCGACCGUACAAGACGCAGACCCGGAAAAGAGCAUCGUCAAUCUCGCGGCGCCGGGCUUCUCGUUGACGAAGGGUGUCGACCACAAGGCAUCGCUGUACAACACGUACGAGGACGCGAAGAAGGGCGAUGGCACUCCCAUCGCCACGGGAACCGUUAGCGUUGGCGACACGAUCUAUGUUAACUGGGGUGAUGUGAACAGGGACCCUGCUGAUAAAGCCCAGCAGGACUGAAUAGGUAGCUACUUGAUGCAGGCAGCUACUUGAUGCAGGCUCACUUACCGCUGCAAAAUGGCUUGGGCCAGGACGAAGGUAUGAAGAACAUUGCAUGCCCGAAGGCCAUACUGCCAUUUUGGGUUGCAAUAAGAGCUAUGUGUCGUUGGAGCGGCGACUCGGAGACUCGGAGGGGUAGCAGUCACAUAUAUCAAUCCCACUGACGUUCCUCC